UUGAUGCUUUAAAGUCAGGACGGGUUAUAUCCCCAGCCUCGUGCCUCACCGCUGCCAUUGCCAUCUGCCCACAGUCGUGCGCCAUGUCCUUCCCUCAAACGCCAGGGCCAGCUCUACCAGGUGCCUUCCUCAACACUCCCGCUGUCGCAUCACGCUUCAACACCAACACUCAGCAAGACCCCGUUCGUCGUCGUCUCUUCCCUCAGCCUGGAUCGCGCCCAGACAUUGGCGCUAUUGAUAAUCAUGCGAGCUUUGGUGCUAAUCCUGGCUCCAUUGUCAGCCAGAACGCUAAUGACGACGACUCUUUGACACGAAGCUCGCAGCCGCCCGCAUCACCCCUAUCUCCACUUGCAAAGGCCGCCGGCUUCAUAAAUGAUGCGCUGACGAUAGAUGAAUGCUAUCCCGAGCUGGAUAGAUAUUGCAGGCAAAUAUCCUCCGAAUACAAUCUAACAACUAUCGACUCUCCAUGGGCCCCGUUCCAGCAGACUCACCACUUCCAAAUUCCACAGUCAGUUUUCGAACAGUAUGACCGUGCCGAAGUCGCCACUUCAAUGGGGCUGUUCGCCGAGCUCAACCACGCCUGGGUCGCCAUUGAUAAUUGCUUAUACCUAUGGGAUUACACGCAUCCUAACCCUGAGCUCGUUGGGUACGAGGAUAGUCAGCAUACCAUUACUGCUGUGAAACUCGUUGCGCCGAAACCAGGCGUGUUUAAUAGCGUCAUUAGCCACAUUUUGGUCGUUGCCACAGUGCAGGAGAUGGUCUUAAUCGGUAUUGCGGCCAGCGAAACUGCCACAGGCUCUACGAGUAUACAGUUAUACGGCACCAAGAUGUCACUACCGUUGCGCGGCGAUACGCACCUAAUUACAGGUUCUGCAACCGGACGUAUCUUCUUUGCAAGCCAGACUGACACGGACAUAUGUGAGCUGUACUACCAACAAGAGGAAAAAUGGUUCUCCAGUAGGACUGGAAAGAUCAAUCAUUCGUAUCCGGGUUGGAGUGCCGUGGUGCCUAAUCCCAUGCAAUGGCGCAAGACUCAUGCCGAGCAUACUGUUGAUCUGGUGGUAGAUGACAGCAGGAAUCUGCUUUAUUCACUCUCCAAUACGUCCACGGUUCGAACUUAUUACAUCGAGGCGCCCGACAAGUUGACCAAGGUAAUCGAGAAGACCAAGAACGAUUUCUUGCGCGAUAUUGCUCACGCCUUAAGCGUCGGGUCUCCUCUACUCGGCGAGCACAUGGAGAUUGUGUCGAUCUGUCCUGUGUCUGCCACGGAGGAUAAUAAGGUACAUCUUAUGGCCGUAACCAAUACGGGUUGCCGCUUAUUCAUGAGUGCUACUAGCGCAUCAUCCUACAUGCCGGGGUCUUCAAAUCAAGCCCCUCAGAGUAUGCAACUACAAUCAAUCAAAUUCCCCCCUCCCGAGAAUGGCCAACGGAGAUUCAAAACAGAUCCGUUCAACGGCCCGGGCGAAGUUCGUAAUGUCCAGUCCAGGGCGCUCGAGCCCAGUCGCCGUGGAGUCCGGUUUCCACCUGGUUAUUUCUUAGACUUUGUCCGUAUGGCAGAUCGCCCUGAUAUUGACCAGGUAUUCAUAUCGGCUCCUGAUAGUGGUCGUAUCAAGAACGGCAGUCGAACACAGGCUCUCAAAUACUAUGAGCACGCCAGCUGGAUAGACAUUAACAGUAGGGCUGAAGAUAUUGGUCUCAUCACCAAACCAUUUGCCGCGACAAAUCAACCAAUGGGCUUUGGAAAUGAACUUGCAGUCCAAUUCGACAAUCCAGAUGGGGGCGAGUUUGCAAUUCUUACCAACACAGGUGUAUAUAUUAUGCGACGUAGGAGAUUCAUCGACAUUUUUGCCUCAGUUAUCAGGAGCACGGCUGGUGAUGAAGGAUUGAAGACAGAGGUAAACAGGUUCCAGAGUUCCUACGGCCGCGUCGAAACUAUUACAGCCGCACUUGCUGUAGCUUGUCGUCAGGGCGACAGCGGCCGCUUUGGUGUUGGGCGUAGCGCCAUUGAUCAAGCCACACUAGAUCGCGCGAGACAGGUAUUCAUCAACUUUGGUGGCAAUCCUACCCUACCCGAACAAGACGGACAACCUGCAACAGUCGAAAUGGUUCGCCCAUCGUCACGUCACGGUGCUAUCGCACUGUACCUCAGCCGAUUAGUUCGGUCUUUAUGGAGAUCGAGAGUUGUCUUAGUCGGCUCUAAUGAGGCAGGCGGAUUAGUCGUGAAAAGUGCGAUUCCCCAGCCCAAACUAAGAGACGUACAAGAUAGCGUUAUUGCGUUGAGAGGGUUUCUCAGUGAUAAUCGCUCAUUUAUCCAAGGCCUCUCGGGUGCUUCAGACUUGCAACGAGCAGCAAGCAAGCAGGAAGAGGUUGCUUUGCAAGGGGAGCACCAAGCUAUGCACGCCGUGGAAGUUCUUAUGACAGACAUAACAGAGGGCAUCUCAUUUGUCAUGACACUAUUCGAAGAAAGAGUUUCCGACAUAUAUGCAAGGUUGGAAGGCACAUCGCAAGAAAGUCUUAAGAAGCUUACCUAUGAGUGCCUCUUCUCACAGACACCAGGGAAGGAAUUGGCUAAAGUGCUGGUAAAGGCGAUUGUGAACAGAAACAUCGAAAACGGAUCCAAUGUAGAGACUGUAGCAGAUGCACUACGGCGAAAAUGCGGCAGCUUCUGCAGUGCUGAUGAUGUGGUAGUCUUCAAGGCCCAAGAGCAGCUUAAAAGAGCUUCAGAACCCUCUUUGAACGCCAACGUAUCACGCACUCUUCUGCAUGAAAGUCUAAAGCAUUUCCAGAAAGUCGCAGGCAGUCUCUCACAGGCCAAUCUUGAGUCAGCUAUCAAGCAAUACAUUCAGCUUCGAUACUAUGCCGGCGCUAUCCAACUCUGUUUGACUGUUGCUGAUAUGAAAGAUCGAGGAAAAUCGGCGUUAUACUGGGUCAAUGAUGGAAAGCCUGCUGGUGACCCUAGAGCGAGUGCGUUUGAUCAACGUAGGGUCUGUUAUGAUCUCAUUCACCAGGUGCUUCUCGAUCUAGAUGCUGCAUCAAGUAGGGAGCCUGAGGUGGUCGACAACAAGCCGACUCUCAUUGCAACUAAACGCGCCGAAGCCUACGACGUCGUGAACAAUUCUACUGAUGAAGUUUUUCACGUGGAUCUCUACGAUUGGUAUAUAGAGCAAGGUUGGACGGAGCGUCUGCUUGCGAUCGACUCUCCAUACGUCACUGCGUUUCUUCGCCGGCUAGCCUCCAAAGAUGUCAUACACGCCGAGCUUCUUUGUCGCUUCUAUACGAUGCGUACAAACUAUUUCGGUGCUGCUCAAGUACAAUCUGACCUUGCGCAGUCCGAUUUCUCUCUAUCUAUCAAAGACCGUCUCCAACUACUAAGCAAGGCGAAGACCAAUGCAAGCGUAAUGACAGCUGGUGUCAGCCGCCAGGAACAGCAACUUCUCAACCACGAUGUUACGGAACUUUUAGAUGUUGCAAACAUCCAAGAUGAUCUGCUGGAACGCUUAAAGUCGGAUACUAGGAUCCCUCCCGAGCGACAACCAGAGAUUCAGAAAGCUUUGGACGGCAAGAUCCAACCUUUGUCUGAUCUCUUCAAUCUAUAUGCUGACCAGGCUGGGUACUAUGACCUAUGCCUCAUCAUUUACCAUGUAGCGGACUUCCAUAAUCCAACCACAAUUGCGCAGACUUGGACAAGCCUGAUUCAACAGACGCAUGAUGAGGUAGUUGACCAAUUGGCGGCAUUUCAGGAGGAAACGCAUAGAACGGGUGUAGCGCCAGGAGACCCCCCACCACAACCAUACGAAUCCCUAGUCGGCAAAAUCGAGGAGAUCUGCCACCGUUCCAGCAAAGACUCAUUUAUAUUUCCAGUAGCUUCCCUCAUGCCAGAUAUAUGCCGUUAUGCGGUAGAAAAUGCUCAGGACAACCGGAUAGGCGCUGAUGUGAAUUGGCCCGUUGAUCUCUUUCUUCAUCUCGCUGUUAGCCACGACCUAGUAGUCCGGGUCCUUGAAACCAUGUUUGAGGCACAGGAGAUACCGUUUCGUGGCUCUGCGCGAGCGAGACUGGUGGAAUGGAUAUGCCAUGCUGUGAGCCAGUGGAUUCGUGAACUCGGCAGACAGGGUCGGCCUGAUGUGAGACUAGAACCUUGGGUGGGCGACUUGAUGGCAGAAUGUGAUAACUGGGCGUCUGCAAAUGUACGAGGGGUUAACGAGGGAGGCAAGGACCCUCGGGAUAUCGCGAGAGAGGUAAAGGAUGUGAGAAGGGCAGUGGAUGGAUUAGUCAUAGCCCCCGUGGGCAGCCGGAGUAUCGGAUUCUUCUAGAUCAGCCAAGCACAAUGCAUAAUAACCAGGCUAACACGCGACCAUGAGAACGAGAGGCAUCUAUCGUCAUUUUUGGUGCGUACCGUGGGCCCUGGAUGAAGGGGCUUGGCUUUAGACAGAGAUGUAUGUAUAACUCUCAUCUCAGAGCAAAGGAUCGUGGGUAAUUAAAGACUAUUUGGCAGGAAUAUCGCAAUAUACCAUACAAUCCCUCUUACGGUACUUACAUCCUGUGACUCGAGCUCUUACCCCUGGCUACAAUCGAAGUGACCUGUGUGUAAUCGUCAGUCUACCUAAACUACAGGGAAGUAAUUAUGAAGGUGAAGAAGAGAGAGGUUCACUGGGAUAGCUAAAGGUACCUAAUGGUACCCAGUCGGUACCCCAGUCCCAUACCAAGCUAGUUGCACCUUUGCCUAAUUCGGGUUAGAUCUUCCUCUUACAGCUGUUGCCAGUGGCCCAAGUUCGUUUU